GUAGAUUGCCUCUCGGAUAAUAUGUGUGAAAUUAUCGUGUUAAGUUUAGUUCUCGUUGUUUUAUUUGUUGCUGUAGGUGUUUGGUGCAGACGCUGUGUGUAUUCCGACUUUAACAAACUUCAUGGAGCUGUUUUUGAAAACAACGUAGUGGAAGCUAUUCGACUUAUACAGAAGUGUCCAGGUGCUAUUAACCGCCUGCAUCCCGUUGAUGGAUACUCCGCUUUUAUGCGCGCCAGUCGGAAAGGUUCGACCCAACUGGUCAACGUCAUGAUUCAAUUCGGGGGUGACGUGUCAGUUAAAUCGGUGAAAGGCGAAUCCCCCUUUUACCUGGCGGUGUUCCAUCACAUCGAGUGCCCGUACAAAGAGGACGCCACCUGCAUUCGCGCGCUCUACUAUGCCGGCUGCGACGUGAACGCCACCAACGACAAGGGCAUCGCGCCGAUUCAUCUGGCAGCGAACUUCGGGCAUACCAACCUUGUACGAUGGCUGCUGAAGAAAGGCGCCUCGCCCAACCUACAACCGUACCCCUAUCUACUGGCGCAGAUGAACGGUCACACCGUAACCGCGCGUCUACUGCAGAACUAUCAAUUGCGCGCAAUCGAACAGGCAGAAUAAUACACGUUGAGUGCGUGUGACGUUAGCACUUCAUACCCUUAAAUGGAUGAAGUUCUUCACAUUGCCUGUUGGCGUCCCUGUUACAGUCUGUUACAAAAAUGAAGAAAUAAAACAACUUUAUAAAAAUCAUACAUGUUGCCUUUA